AUGUCGAAGGCAUCCCAACCCGAGCUCAAAAAGUUCAUGGACAAAAAGUUGUUUGUCCACCUCCAAGGAGGCCGCAAAGUCAGCGGAACGUUACGUGGCUACGACCUGUUUCUGAACCUCGUCAUCGACGAUGCUCUCGAGGAGACUACACCAGCUCAAAAGCACCCCCUCGGUACUGUAGUUAUUCGAGGUAACAGCGUGACAUCCAUGGAGACGCUCGAGGCAAUCCGGUGA